AUUGCCCACUAAGUUUCUUGUUUUAGCAAAACAGAAUUUCAAAACUUCCACUGCUUGAAACCAUGUCUUGAUAAGGAAUCAAAAUCUUGACAAGACUCCACAUUUUCUUGGAAGUGAAUCGUUUUCUUGAUAAGGGAAAGGAAGAAAGAUGAGUGGCAGUUUGAUUGUCUCUCUCUUAGCAUCAUAAAUAAAGAAGAACAGAAAAGGAAAAGUUACAUUGCUGUCGACAGCUCUGAGACCGUCAUAUUCUGCAAUGGAAGUGAGUGCAGGCUUGGUGGCCGGCUCUCACAACAGGAAUGAACUUGUUGUUAUCCGUCGCGAUGGAGAAUUCGCUCCGAGAUCGUUAGAGAGAGUGAGUAGGCAGAUAUGCCACAUAUGUGGAGACGAUGUAGGGCUAACGGUGGAUGGAGAGCUAUUCGUGGCCUGCAAUGAGUGUGCCUUCCCCAUCUGUAGAACUUGUUAUGAGUAUGAGCGUAAAGAAGGAAAUCAAGUCUGCCCUCAAUGCAAGACCAGAUUCAAGCGUCUCAAAGGAUGUGCAAGAGUCCAUGGGGAUGAAGAAGAAGAUGGCACUGAUGAUUUGGAAAAUGAGUUCAAUUUCGAUGGAAGGAAUAGCAACAGACAUGAUAUGCAGCACCGUGGUGGACCUGAAUCUAUGCUUCACUACGAUCCCGAUUUACCUCACGACCUUCAUCAUCCUUUGCCCCAAGUCCCUCUCCUUACUAAUGGUCAAAUGGUACUUAGCUCUGCUUCCUGUUCUGUCUUAAGGCUUUCCAAACUUUGUAAUGAAAUAAUGACCCUUCAUGACUUGCAGGUUGAUGACAUUCCUCCUGAACAACAUGCUUUGGUCCCUUCAUACAUGGCUUCUGUCGGUGGUGACGGGAAAAGGAUUCACCCCCUUCCCUUUUCAGAUUCUUCUCUUCCUGCACAACCAAGAUCGUUGGAUCCUUCCAAGGACUUGGCUGCUUAUGGUUAUGGAAGUAUUGCUUGGAAGGAAAGGAUGGAGAGCUGGAAGCAAAAACAGGACAAACUGCAGAUAAUGAAGCGUGAAAAUGGAGACUAUGAUGAUGAUGACCCCGAUCUCCCAUUAAUGGAUGAGGCAAGGCAACCACUAUCGCGAAAGUUGCCUAUUCCGUCCAGUCAAAUCAAUCCUUACCGAAUGAUCAUCAUUAUUCGACUCGUAGUUCUUGGGUUCUUUUUCCAUUAUCGAGUCACACACCCUGUGAAUGAUGCGUUUGCGUUGUGGCUCAUAUCUGUGAUCUGUGAGAUUUGGUUUGCUGUUUCAUGGAUACUUGAUCAAUUCCCAAAGUGGCUCCCUAUUGACAGGGAAACUUAUCUGGAUAGAUUAUCUCUGAGGUAUGAGAAGGAAGGCCAACCUUCUCAGCUUUCUCCAGUUGACAUAUACGUAAGUACAGUUGAUCCAUUAAAAGAGCCCCCUCUGGUGACAGCAAACACAGUUCUGUCCAUUCUUGCAGUGGAUUACCCUGUUGACAAGAUUUCAUGUUAUGUUUCUGAUGACGGUGCUGCUAUGCUGACAUUUGAGGCAUUGUCAGAAACAUCUGAAUUUGCAAAGAAAUGGGUCCCCUUCUGUAAGAAAUUUAGCAUUGAACCUCGGGCACCCGAGUUCUAUUUUGCUCAAAAGAUAGAUUAUCUCAAAGAUAGGGUUGAUGCUUCAUUUGUUAAGGAAAGAAGAGCAAUGAAGAGAGAGUAUGAAGAGUUUAAGGUUCGGAUCAAUGCUUUGGUUGCGAAGGCACAUAAGGUCCCGGAAGAUGGAUGGACAAUGCAGGAUGGUACUCCAUGGCCUGGGAAUAAUGUUCGUGAUCACCCUGGAAUGAUUCAGGUUUUCCUAGGCCAAAGUGGAGGGCAUGAUACAGACGGAAAUGAAUUACCACGUCUGGUAUAUGUUUCCAGAGAAAAGAGACCUGGAUUUAAUCACCACAAAAAGGCUGGGGCCAUGAACGCUUUGGUCAGGGUCUCUGCCGUGCUAUCCAAUGCACGUUAUCUUUUGAAUUUGGAUUGUGAUCACUACAUCAAUAACAGUAAGGCUCUUAGAGAAUCAAUGUGUUUCAUGAUGGAUCCAUUGCUUGGAAAGAGAGUGUGCUAUGUCCAGUUCCCACAGAGGUUUGAUGGCAUUGACAGGAAUGAUCGAUAUGCAAACCGGAACACUGUAUUCUUUGAUAUCAAUAUGAAAGGUUUGGAUGGCAUUCAAGGACCUAUAUAUGUAGGGACUGGAUGUGUUUUCAGAAGGCACGCGCUUUAUGGUUAUGAUGCUCCAAAAACAAAGAAACCACCAACGAGGACAUGCAACUGCUUGCCUAAGUGGUGCUGUGGAUGCUUUUGUUCAGGAAGGAAAAAGAAGAAGAAGACAAACAAACCCAAGUCCGAGUUAAAAAAGAGGAACUCUAGAACAUUUGCACCUGUGGCUACUUUGGAGGGUAUUGAAGAGGGCAUUGAAGGAAUUGAAACCGAAAACUUGGCUGUAACAUCUGAGAAGAAAUUGGAAAAUAAGUUUGGACAAUCUUCAGUGUUUGUAGCAUCUACCCUACUAGAGGAUGGCGGCACACUGAAAAGUGCCAGCCCUGCAUCCCUGCUCAAAGAAGCCAUCCAUGUCAUUAGCUGUGGCUACGAAGAUAAAACAGAAUGGGGCAAAGAGGUGGGGUGGAUUUAUGGUUCAGUUACGGAGGAUAUAUUGACAGGCUUUAAAAUGCAUUGUCAUGGAUGGAGAUCAAUAUAUUGUAUUCCUGCUAGGCCAGCAUUUAAAGGUUCGGCGCCCAUUAAUCUUUCUGAUCGUCUACACCAGGUCCUUCGAUGGGCUCUUGGAUCUGUUGAGAUAUUUUUGAGCAGGCACUGUCCUCUUUGGUAUGGAUAUGGAGGGGGGUUGAAGUGGUUGGAGCGUCUGUCUUACAUAAACGCUACUGUUUAUCCUUUGACAUCUAUUCCUCUACUGGCAUAUUGUACUCUUCCUGCAGUGUGCUUGCUUACCGGGAAAUUUAUCACUCCAGAGCUCAGCAAUGCUGCCAGCUUGUGGUUUCUGUCUCUUUUCAUUUGUAUUUUCGCAACAAGUAUUCUGGAAAUGAGAUGGAGUGGAGUUGGUAUCGAUGAAUGGUGGAGAAACGAACAAUUUUGGGUGAUUGGAGGGGUAUCAGCGCAUCUAUUUGCAGUAUUCCAGGGGCUUUUAAAGGUUCUAGCUGGUGUUGAUACGAACUUCACAGUGACGUCUAAAGGAGGAGAUGAUGAUGAGUUCUCAGAGCUGUACGCCUUUAAGUGGACCACGUUACUCAUCCCACCAACAACAUUGCUGAUAAUAAACUUGGUUGGAGUCGUGGCUGGUGUCUCAAAUGCUAUAAAUAAUGGCUAUGAGUCAUGGGGGCCUUUGUUUGGUAAGCUUUUCUUUGCAUUCUGGGUGAUAGUUCACCUGUACCCUUUCCUGAAAGGUUUACUCGGCCGACAGAACAGAACUCCCACAAUCAUUAUUGUCUGGUCAAUUUUGCUUGCUUCAAUCUUCUCUCUUUUGUGGGUUCGGAUCGAUCCAUUCUUGGCCAAGUCCAGUGGUCCACUUCUGGAGGAAUGUGGAUUGGACUGUAAUUAAACCAGCAUUCAUCAGGACUCGCUCGUCAGGAAGUUUGGCUAGCAAUGUUGAUAACGAGUGUCUGAAUUGACGAUCUUCAAUCAGAACAUGUGGUGGGGUGAAGCUUGCAGGCUGUAGAUUGAAUGUGUGUUUUCGUGUGGAUCUUUGUUUUGAACUUCUCGCCCCUCGUCUUUGGUCCAUAAAUUCUAAAGGGGUCAAGAAGAUUGAGCUUGCUGCUGUGCCCCAGUGCCUAUGCCUUGCAUUUGGUGGCGCUCAAUUAUUGUGCAGAAACUACAAAAGCACUCCUUGGUUCUUUUUUUUAGUUCAACUUACAUAUACAGGGAAGAUGAAGUAGGGAGAAGAACAACUGUAUACUGUGUAUUAUCAUUCUCAUGAGUCUCUCAUUUCAUUCGUAAUAAUAGCAGAAAGUGGGAUUUGUCCUGCUUCAGAUGUUGUAAAAUGACAGGGGAAAAGUAUAGUGUUCAUAUUAUAUGAUGGAGCUUAUUGUUUACCCAA